GUGGUCUGUGCUGACACUCCGUGGUACCUGGCCUGCCGGAGGCAUUUCCACUUCGAGGGGGACGAUGAUUGCAUGGCUCACAAGAAGUCCUAUGCCAACGUGGUCAAAAUCCCAAGUAAGGGGAACAAGGAAAAAAGAAAUAACAAGGAGCGAGGAGGGAAGGAGGGGAAUGAUGGGAAAGAUGGAAAAGGCAAAAGAGGAAGAAAGGAGAGUGGGAAGGAUGGGGAAAAGGAAAAGGAGAGGGAAAAGGAGAAAGAGAGGGGAGGGGGGGAAGGCGCACAUGGGAAAAAAUCUGAGAAGGAUGAAGAGAACAAAGAAAGGGAGAAGAAUCAACUUCGGAUCGAUGAAAAAGAGAAGGAACAUCAGGGCAGGGAUUGGGCUGAAGAGAAAGCCAAGGGAACAGGCGUAGUGUACACUCCUGCAAAGGAUGGGCGAAGCAAGGGAAAAAAGAUGCUCUCGAAAGAGGGGUCAGGGAGGCAAGAUCAACCCAUUGACGUUGAGAAAGGGGGAAACUCACCUGUACCUGUGGAUUUAAUGGACGAAGACAAAACCCUCCCUGCCCGGGAGAAACGGAAGAGAGAUGAAGGAAACGAGGAUUUAGAUGGGGAACGGGAUGCAAAAUGGGUAGUGAAAGGGAACGAAAUUGUGCUUCACGAAGAUAUUAACAGCCCCCCUUUGCAGGACUAUUUCUUCUCGUCAAGAGAUUCGUCAGAGGACGAAGACGACGGCGAGGAAGCAAUCCAGCAAGGAAAAGGGCGAUCCAAGUCGCCACACCCAAAUCCUCGAAAAUAUGAAAAUGUGAUAUAUAUGUCAUCAGAAGAGGAAAAGGAGUACGACUCAGAUUUGGGGGUUAAGGCCCUGUAUAAGCUUAAGGAUGACAGUCGACCCCGAAGACUUGUGGACAACGGGUCCGAUUCGGAUGAGGAUUUCCGCUCGGUCGAUAGUCAAGGACUCAGUCUGACUCCUGCAGCUUUGGAGGGGUCAAUUCCGGAGGACGGGGGUUGUACCCCGGCACAAGAAACUUCCCCUCUUAAGAAACUGCGAACGUCCAAGAAGAAGCCCUCGCCCAAGGACAAAAAAGAGGUCGUCCCCCUCAAGGCUUCGACGUAGCAGUUCAAAGGAGGAGGGCUUAUGCAGGAAAAACCUGCGGCAACAAGACAACUGUUAAAAAUCGU